AUGGUUGAGAUAAUAAUUCAUGAGUUGAAAUAUCAAUUAAACAAUAGAUCGCGGGUAGUGCUUUCUCCUCUUAAGACUAUUCACCGAAGACUAAAGAUAACUGCAAUGGCCAAGAGGGUAACGAAACCCAGCGCCUCGUCUGAUAGAAGGGCAGCAUCUGGCAGACAACCAGGAAAGUACCUUCAUAGCUCAAGGAACUUUGAUUCGUCGACGUUUGUCAAAGAUCCGAAAACUAUACUGAAUAAUAUCAAGAGACCUUCAGGUGCGUCACCCUCAUAUUCGCCUACCACUUCCAAUUCUACUGAAUUCAAACUAUUUGUUGGAAAUUUGGGCCAAGAUGUCACGGAAGAGGUUCUUCUUAGCUCAUUUUCAAAAUAUCCAAGUCUUCAAAACGUUAUAGUGCCUAAAGAGCAGAAGACGAGUAAGAUAAAGGGCUAUGGAUUUGUAUCUUUCGCUUCUUCCGAAGACUAUUUGAAUGCAUUUAAAGAGAUGAACGGAAAGUACGUUGGUCAAAAACCUAUUACUUUGAAGCGAGCUGUCGGUCCUAAGAAUGAGAAAAAACGACAAGGGAAGCGAUAA